AUGUCAGACAAACUGAAGGAAGCGGUCCUUGCCGAGGCCAACAGUGUCCGUGCGGCCUCCCAGGAUGUUGUCAAAUCCGGCGCGUACCUGUACCCGUUCAAGGGCAUCAUCUUCUUCGCAACCCAUAAAGAUCUUUGGGCCAUGUUCUUCUUCACCUACGUACCGCAGAUGGCCAUCAUGGCCUUUACCAGUGGGCCACUGGCUGCGAUAUCCGCUGCCUUCCUCGUGCUUAGCGAAAGUUCUGCGAUCACAAACCUCCUCUCGCGCUCCUUCCUUCUCGAAGAUGCACUCCUCGACACCUUCGACGGUACCCUCCUCGCUCGCGAUCAGGAGCCUCUACUCGCACAAGGGCGCCAGAUCAAGCCCCGAGCUGGAGGUAGGACUGCCGCGGCGAGGUUGGGAAAGAUGUUGAGUCGACCUUUUGCGCGACUGAAGCCACAGGUGCUGCUACGUUCAUUGAUCUACCUGCCUUUGAACCUGAUUCCCGUGGUUGGAACCAUUCUUUAUAUUGCUGUGCAAGGGAAGCGAGCUGGGCCAAUGCUUCAUGCACGAUACUUCCAGCUCAAGGGUUGGAAUUCCGAGCAACAGGAGGCGUGGGUAACAAAGCAUCGGGGCGCGUAUACUGGACUUGGUAUCACAUCCUUCGUCCUCGAAAUGAUCCCAUUUGCCUCUAUGGCAUUUUCCUUUACGAACACUGUUGGCGCGGCACUGUGGGCUGCUGAUAUAGAGAAGGAGACAAAGUAG